AAAAAAGCGGUUGAGAAGUUUUCGAACUCCAAAAACUGUGUCAUGUGACUUUAUAUGAGUAUUUCAUGGCUUUCUGUAUAUGUACCCACAAUUAGCAUAUAAUCCUCAAUGAAUGAUCUAAGGAGUAAAAAAAAACAAUUGAAGUCAAAUAUUGAACACCUUUCAAGAAUAAGAAUAGAGCCACUGUUGACUCUCAAAGAACCGAUAUGCAAACAUUGAUUUGAAUGUGUAAGAUCUACUGUUUUUUACCUUUUAUCAACAGAUAAAAGCUACACAAUUAUUUCAGGUUACCAAUUCAACGAAAAUUAACCAUAUAUUGUAUCAAACGAUAAUGCUUGUUUUCAGAAAAAAGCUAAAACAUAGUGAUUACUAUUCAUUGGUACGCUCGUAAUUUUUCGUUGUUUUGCUGGAUCGAAUUGUUUAACCUCUACUGGUAUAUGGGCUCUUAUGCGAAUGCCUCGAUACUGCCUGAAUAUUAAUUAUGAUAAUUUACUUGAUUGUGGCUAACAGAGGGAUCCAGGAUACACGUCUUGUCCUAUUUGGGAAUCGUCAGCUGUAUAAAUCUGCACCGCAGUGAGUGAUGUUCUCCCACUGAGACUCGAACCUUGUACCCAUCACAUCAAACCCCAAAGCUCUAAUCAUGGAGGUACGAUAGCCACCUCAAGUAAGUUAGCAUACGUAAUAUUCAGACGGUAUCGAAGCAUUCGUAUAGGAGCCGACAAACCAUUAGAGGUCAAACAGUUCGAUCCGGUAAAACGACGUAAAAUUACAAGCUUAUGCAUAAAUAGUAAUAAUUAAUGCCCGUUGUACAAGAGGUGGCUAUCCUACGCUUGUGGCCUAGUAAGUAAAGCCCUGGCAUUUCAACGAUGGAUAUGAAGUUCGAGUCUCAAUGAGAACAACAAUCACUGAGGUGUAGAUACAUAUAGCUGACAAGUCCUAAAUAGGAUGAGACGUGCAUCCUGGAUCCUUCUGCUAGCCACAAUCAAGUAAACUAAAGCGGGUUCGCUGAGAGUCUGCUAGCAACUGGACUAUCAAACCAUAGAGCUCAGUGACCUGAGUUCAAGUCCGGCAACUGAAUUCAGAUCCCUUGAGGUUGGAGACGCACCUUGCUGACAAGUGCCACCAAACACUAAACCUAAGGCGAACAAGGUUUCCUAUUGAUUCCCUUCAACCAUCUAGCAUCAACUCUUCAUCUCUUUUCAGGAGUAGAGUCACAUAAGUACUGUCUGGAAUUAAGGGAUUAUCCAAGGUGUUAAGUGUUACACUUUUUCAACUACUAGCAGGGCAAAAUACACUGAAGAAACUCUAUCGAUGGCAGUUCAUUUUAGAAACUAUGCACUUCUAUGUACGAACAAUCACUAGUAGAACAGUUAAAGAAGAUUACUUCCGGUCAAGAGAUGAAAAGACUGAUACUUGUGUGGAAAGGAAAACACGAAGUAUUGAAAAAAUUUAGAAUGGUAAUCUCGACUAUGGUUUACUGGAUGAUAUUCGAUUACACAAUACGAAAGUUCAAUUUGAGGGCUUAUUAGUUUCAAGUUGGUAUUCAUCACGGAUUGACAUCAGCUGCAGAAACACUGGAAACCUGGGGGCACUCAACAGCUGUUUUGUCCUUGUACGGGGCGCCUCGUUGGCACACACCCACGACCUCACCAACGAUCACCACUCAGGACCUUCAGGUUCCGCAGCCAACACGUUACCAUUGAGCCACUGGGUCGGAACCCAAAGGUGUUCUGUCAGCUUGCGACAGUUCACUAUCACCCAAUAUCAUCGUUGAUCAUUUUUCCUCACGUCCCUUUGGUUUGCCCCACAGGUAAUUGGUGACUAGCUUCGACAGGUGAUUUCUGAAGUUCCAAUGAAAACUCGUGACCAGUGGGGAGAACCGAGUGUACAUAAGAACAAACACUCAACGAUGACAUUGGGUGACGGUUACGCUAAGUGGUCAGGUGACAGAACUAGGAAAUACAGACCACUUGUUUUCGACACAGUGGCUCAAUGUAACGUGUCGGCUGUGGAACCUGAAAGUCCUACGUUCGACCCCCUGACAGGGUCGCAGAUGAGUACUGCUGAAGAAUCCUAAAGUAAGACGAAACAGCUCUCUAGUACUCCCACGUCUCCAAUGUUUCUCCAUCUGAAAUCAGUCCGUGAUGAAUAUUAACUUGAAAAGUGGAAAUUGCCUAGAAUGAAGUUUGUCCUGAUGAUGUUGUCUGGAAUGACAAAGAAAGCUUCACGAUCAAACAAUCCAGGUCAGAGAACGCAACGGCAUCAAGAUUAUCUUCUUGAGCUAUAAAUAUUCUUCAUCAUCUCAAAAUCCUAUGAGCGUCCGAAGCUUCUGACAACCGAAGUUAUGUUCAUCUUCUUCAUUAGCCAUGAAAUUCAGGGUCGUCAAUGCCUUCUUGUCACCAGUGGAGCGAUAGCAUUAGGUCGACAUCAUCUUGAAAUAGAUGAGAAGAAGAGUAGUCGAGGAGCUCGGGCAGCCAUUGGUAUGGCAGAAAUGGUCACUUUAUAUGACCAUCUGUUUGAGCAGUGUGACCUUCGAACAGCAGCUAUGUUACUGACACCUGUAGACUUUGAUGAUGAUCAUCGACGAGCUUACUGGCGAACAGCACUUCAAGAUUUAAUGAAUCAAGGAGUUGUGCCAAUUAUUAAUACAAAUGAUGCAGUGGCGUGGAAUAGAGAAAAUUCUCCUGGUACAGAUCGUAAAAGUUCAACAUUAGCACCUCAAGUACGUGAUAAUGAUAGCCUAGCUGCUCGAUUAGCAUGUGAAUUAAAAUCUGAUCUAUUACUAUUAAUUUCCGAUGUGGAUGGAGUUUAUACUGCACCGCCUGGUAGUCCAGGGGCUCGAUUUGUUGCAGAAUAUGAAGUUAUGGAAAAUCCAGAAUAUGAUACACUCACACCAUCAAUUCAUGGAGAAUUAGUGAAUUUCGGAAAUCCAUCUGCUGUAGGCACUGGUGGUAUGCAAAGUAAAAUUGCAUCAGCUAUCUGGACAGUUCGACAAGGAACAUCAGUGGUUAUUAUCAGAGGAAGUAGAUUUAACUGUAUCACUGAUGUGAUGCAUGGAAUGGAUGUGGGUACAUUUUUCACAUUACAAGAAAAAAGUCAGAUUGAUAAAGAUGUUGAUGCUCGUGAACAAACUGUUAAACUUGUUGCUACAAAAGCUCGAGAAGCUAGCAUGCUACUAAACUCCUCAGAUCCUCAAAACAGAGCAAAAGCAAUUGAAUAUUUAGCUGAUAAACUCAUACAAAAUGAAGAUGAAAUAAUCUCCGAAAAUGAAAAAGACAUAAAGGAAGCAGAAACAGCUGGUUUAUCGCCCACUCUAGUGGCUAGACUUCAACUUGGUCAUUCUAAGAUUAAAACAUUAAGUGAAGGAUUGAGACAAAUUGCAGCUCAAUCACGCAAACGUAAUGGUCAUGUUGGAUGUGUUUUGUCACGUACUAAAUUGGCUGACAACUUGGUUUUAGAGAAAGUCACUGCACCGAUUGGUGCAUUGAUGGUCAUUUUUGAAUCACGACCUGACUGUUUACCACAGGUUGCUGCCCUUUCAAUUGCUACUGCUAAUGGUUUAUUAGCGAAACCUGGAUCAGAAGCAAUGCAUACUGUUCGUGUACUUCAUCGACUUGUUGGUGAAUCUUUAGAAAUGGCUAACCUGCCACCUGGAGCUGUUGGACUACUUGAAGGCCGAAAAGAUGUUGAUCUUGUUUUGUGUGGUGUAGACAAGCAACCAUUAGUUGAUUUAGUUAUUCCACGAGGCAGUUCAAAAAUGAUAGAAAGUAUACGUAAUGCAGCCAAUAAAGCAGGAACUGGAGUACCUGUGAUGGGACAUGGAGCUGGAGUUUGUCAUGUUUAUAUUGAUGCAGUGGCAGAUCCAGAAAAAGCAUUGAAGAUAGUUAUUGAUUCUAAAUGUGAUUAUCCAUCCGCUUGCAAUGCAAUGGAAACUCUGCUUGUGCAUAAAUCUCAUGCUGAAUCUGGACUAUUGGAGAGAUUAAGUAAUCAUUUACGAGCGCAUAAGGUGAAACUGUAUGCAGGUCCAGGCUUGAUCAGAUUAGGUCAAAAUUUAACUUAUGCAAUGGAACCCGCCAAAGAUUUAUCUCAUGAAUAUGGAGAUUUGGAGUGUACCAUAGAAUUGGUGGAAAGCUUAGAUGAAGCUAUCGAGCAUAUUGCAUUGUACGGAAGUUCACAUACUGAAACAAUUGUAACCGAAGAUAAGGCUGCAGCAGAAGUGUUCCUUCAGAAAACAGACAGUGCAUGCGUCUUUCAUAAUGCAAGUACACGAUUCGCUGACGGUUAUCGGUUUGGAUUGGGAGCUGAAGUUGGUAUAAAUACUGGGCGAAUUCAUGCUCGUGGACCAGUUGGAGUUGAAGGUUUACUCACCACGAAAUGGGUAUUACGCGGGGAAGGACAAUGUGCGUCGGAUUUCACCUCAGGAAAACUAACUUAUCUUCAUGAACCCAUGUCAAUUGAAUAAAUAUAUAUAUGUAUGUAUAUGUUCAUAGUAAAAGGGUAGAUUUGUUUCUUUAUCCUGUGUUUAAUAUAUCAGUAUCUCUUGUAAUUCAUAUAGAUAAGUUUUGAAUAUAAUAAAUCAGUGUUGUAAUUCAA